ACACCUGCUGCAGUCUAGCCCUAACACUGAUUAAUUCUAAAUGAAUGGAUUCCCGUGUCUUCAGUUGGUAAGGGAAGUACAAAGUCAGGUGUGCCUCAUCGUCGGGUUUGUCUUUGUUAUGCUCACAUUGUCUGCAUAGUUUCUAUACUAGAUGACGGCACAAACUCGGAAUGAGGCAUGUUCUCAUGAAAACCUGACGCUGUGCUUCACACAGAUCAACAGAGAGACGGAGAAUACGAUUUCCUGCCGAGGACGAUAGCUCAGAGUCAGCACUCUGUGGUUUGGUUUAGCUUUUAUACUAAACUGUCUAUGUCACGCAAAGGCUUGCUUUAUAUUUAACUACGUUUCCUUGAACGUAUCGUUUUGUUCUUUAUUAUGAGUUCGUGUUAGCUGGAAAACUUUUACUAUAUGUCUGUUUUGUUUUGAUUUAUUGCGUAAUCAGGUUAUCGCAUCGAAUAUUAAAUACAGGAGCUACAAAAUGAAAUUCAACGGAUAUUUGAGGCUGCGUAUCGGGGAAGCGGUGGAUUUAAAACCAACAACUUAUUCAACCCGUCACACUUUAAAUAAGAAAUUCGUCCUGGAUCCUUAUAUCGUUGUUAAAGUUGAUAAUCUGAAAGUUGGACAGACCGAGACAAAAACGAAGACCAACAAACCGAACUUCGAUCAUGAAUUAUGCCCAUACAUCACAAAUGGCAAAGAGCUGGAACUGGCUGUUUUUCACAACACUUCUAUAGGAUACGACAAUUUUGUCGCCAAUUACAGAAUCCAGCUUGAGGAACUGAUAACGUCGUCAAACACAAGACAAACGUUUGAAGGAUGGGUGAAUCUGGAACCAGAGGGAAGUGUGUAUAUCUCCAUCACUCUCACCGGCUCCUUUACAGAUGAUGAAGCUGUGAAUGGACUGAGACCCCAUAAAAAGUUUACAAGAAAAAGGCAAAAAGCUUUGAAGAAAAGAAAGGUCCACCAAGUCUACGGACAUAAGUUUAUGGCAACCUUCCUUCCCCAGCCUACUUUCUGCUGCCAUUGCAAAAACUUCAUCUGGGGUGUUUUUGGAAAGCAAGGUUAUCAGUGUCAAGUGUGUGCGUGUGUGGUUCAUAAGAGGUGUCAUGAUUUGGUGGUCAGUGAGUGUACACGUAUGAAGAAAGAUUUAAAUGAGGGCCAAAGACAAGGCUUUAGCAUCAAUUUACCCCACCAGUUUGCAGAGCACAACUACAAAGUUCCCACAUACUGUAACCACUGCGGAUCUUUACUGUACGGCCUGAUAAAACAGGGUCUCCAAUGCAAGAGUUGCAAGAUGAACAUCCACAAACGCUGUGAACAGAAUGUUGCGCUUAACUGUGGGGUGAACAGUGCUGAACUGGCCAGUAAAUUGUCAGAGAUCGGAUUGCUCAACACGCUUUCCAAACGAAAGUCUCAGAGUUCUCUGCACAUGACCGGAACAAGCAGUCAUAGCUCUGUUAAAAGUGCACAGUCAUCAUUGGAGGAUCCAGAGGAAGAGACUGUUAAAGUUGGUCUGGAAGACUUCAGUUUCUUACAGGUGUUGGGAAAAGGCAGCUUUGGCAAGGUGAUGUUGGCUCGCCUAAAAAGUGACCACAGGGUGUUUGCUGUAAAAAUGCUGAAGAAGGAUGUCAUACUGCAAGAAGAUGAUGUGGAAGCAACCAUGAUUGAGAAGAGAGUACUGACUCUGGCCCACCAGCAUCCAUUUCUUACACAGCUCUACUACUGCUUUCAGACUGCGGAGCGGUUAUUCUUUGUCAUGGAGUUUGUGAAUGGUGGUGACCUCAUGUUCCACAUCCAGAAGUGCAGGCGUUUUGAUGAGCCACGUGCACGAUUUUAUGCUGCAGAGGUUGUUUCGGCCCUUAUGUUCCUUCACUCCAAAGGCAUCAUUUACAGGGACCUUAAACUGGACAACAUUCUCCUGGACAGAGAUGGCCACUGCAAACUGGCAGAUUUUGGCAUGUGCAAAGAGGAUAUACGUGAUGGAAGACUCACUAGUACCUUCUGUGGGACUCCCGAUUAUAUUGCACCUGAGAUCAUCCUGGAGGAGCUGUAUGGCGUAUCAGUGGACUGGUGGGCACUGGGUGUGCUGCUUUAUGAGAUGCUGUCGGGUCAUGCUCCAUUUGAAGCAGAGACUGAGGACGAGCUGUUUGAGUGCAUCCUUAAAGAUGAGAUCAUUUAUUCAUCCUGGCUCAGCAAUGAGGCAGAAGACAUCCUUAAAGGAUUACUCACCAGAGACCCGGCGUGUCGGUUGGGCUGCAUAGAUAGAGAUGGAGGAGAAGAGGCCAUCACUGCAAACCCGUUCUUCGCAGGACUUGACUGGGAGAGGCUGAACAGACGAGAGAUCAAACCACCUUACACACCUCGAAUUGACUCUAUUGAGGAUGUGAACAAUUUUGACCCUGACUUCACUCAAGAGGAACCUUGUCUUACACCCAUUGAGGACAGUCUUUUCCCUUUCCACCAGGAAGAUUUUAAAGACUUCACCUACACAGCUCCAGAGCUGCGACUUCACUAACAUCAGCUGUGUUUAUUUAUUUUUAAUAAAUAGAUUAAAUGUUACUUUCCCCACUUAACUCUUCUAGAAAACUUGUUGUGAUACACUGUUGACAAAGUGUUGCCAAGUCUGUCAAGAAUAUGGACAUAUUUCAACUAGAAGAAGGCAAUGAAAGAUUCUCCACAGGACAAUCCAAACCAAAGGAUUAUUCGUAAACGGAACGACGUGAAGAAAAUAAUGAUUUCCUGAAAUGAACUGAUGCUUUUUGAAUUGUUUUUUCUGAUUAAAUGUAUCUCACGUGUCAUUUUUAUACAUAUUAUUCAUUCUAUUGCCAGGUGUGUUGUUUUCCAGCUUUAGUAAGCAUGGAAAACAAAUUCAUGUAACUUGCAUUGAGCUGUUAGGUUAAGUUAUGUGAUGUGUUGUAAAGUAAUUCUAACUAAAGUCUAAAUUAUGAACUUGGAAAAUCCUUUUGUAACAGGCUGUAAGAGACAAUUUUGGCUUACCUAAAAUGCAUGUGACAGCACAUAUCACUUGUCCAGUUCAUUGAAUAAUGAAUCAGGGGACCUGUGGUGUGAGAUAGAAACAUGAAAUUUUCAUGAGAAAAACAAAAAAAACAUAUCCUUUACACCUCAAAGGACAAACAGAGCUGCGUCUUGUCACAUUUCGCUGUAGACUUGGAAAUCCUCCAUGAAUAAUUUAUUACCCUUGAUUCAUUUGUUGUUCUCACGAGCUUACCCUGCAUUCGAAACAGCCUUUAUACAAUGAUAAUACACCGUAUACUAUUGCUGCAUGCCAUUAAUGGGGUUAAGAUGCUUUUAUGAGCAUAAAAUAUUUAACUUCAGGUCAGUUCUACGCUGCCAACUCACUUCUAUUUUAGUAGGUAGCUUAUGCAACUGUAAUAAGACACUAUUCUUUUGAUUUGUCUAUGCUUGUAUGACAUAUCUGGAACUUUGAUUGUAGUGAUUAUUGUUUUCUAUUUAAACAUUCUCUUGUUUGACAAGGGACAUUACCCAAUAAGGGAUUUUACGCAUUUGGUUGUAACUGGAAACUCAGAGGCUGACACAUUUUUUUGGCAGACAAUAGCAGGUAAAUAAUGACAAAUGUGAUUUAGAGAUGGAAGAAUGGUCUGCUUGUUUAUUGUCACGUGAUUUAUUUUUGUUACUAGUUAAAUAUGGGACAAUUGCGUGUUUAGUACAAGUUAGGAUCAGUCGAUGGAAUUUGAGGCUUAAUACUAGUUGCCACAACAACAACAAAAAAAAACGUUCUACUCAUUUUCUUAAAAACCCUUUUUUAAAAUGUGUGUAUUAUUUCAGCUGAAAAGCUGUUCUUGUUAAUUUUACGAUCGUUUUAGUGUUUUUACGUUGCUUUCACGACAACAAAGUUGUA